CUAAAUUGCAUUCUCCAUUGAUGUGGCCCUACAUGAUACGGACCUGCACACGGUAUGAUGACAACUAUGUGCUUUAACACACAAAAGUCGGCAUAUUUGUUAAAUAUAAAAGCAGAACGACCUGGUAAUCAUAAGCCACUAUGUUUCUUGUAAGAAUUUUUGUGUGACGAAGUAGGUGUUUAGCAGCAAAUAUUCUAUGUCCAUCUAAUUAUAAGCAUAGGCAUAGCAUCCAGACUGAGCAAGAAGAAUUGUUCAAAAGUAGAUUACUUCAAGUUUUGUUUAACAUUGAAGGCUACAGCCAAACACGUUUUUGUUUCCAAAGUAAGACCUACUCUCACCUCCUCCCCUUCAUAUAUUUUCCAACCUAUAUAUAUACUCAUGAGGCAUAUAUUCUUCACCUCAACCUUAAUUAGUAUCCAACAGCAUAUAUACAUACUUGCAUACCAUUCGCUUCCUUUUCUGUUCACACUACUAAACAGACUAAUACUGAAAAAUAGAGCAUAUCCUACAAAUUAAAAAUGGUUAGAAUGCAUUCAAUACUCUCUAUAGCUACCUUGGUUAUAGUUAUUCUCUCAGUUUCAACAACAUUGGCAUCAUCGACAUCUUUGAAGUAUGGUUUCUACAAGACAACAUGUUCAUCCGUAGAGGCAAUUGUUAGAAGAGCUGUAAACAAAGCUGUUUCACUCAACCCCGGCAUCGCUGCUGGUUUGAUUAGAAUGCAUUUUCAUGAUUGCUUUGUCAGAGGAUGUGAUGGUUCUGUUUUAUUAGAUUCCAUACCAGGUAUUCAAUCUGAGAGAGACCAUCCUGCAAACAAUCCAAGUUUACGUGGCUUUGAAGUAAUCAACGAAGCUAAGGCACAAAUAGAGGCUGCAUGUCCUAAAACGGUGUCCUGUGCAGACAUUCUUGCUUUUGCAGCUCGAGACAGUGCUCGCAAAGUUAGUGGCGGCAGAAUAGACUACUCAGUACCAUCAGGACGCAGAGAUGGUCGAGUGUCUAUCUUCGACGAAGUCACACAAAAUUUACCACCACCAACUUUCAGUGCGGAGCAACUUAUCGAUAAUUUUGAUAGAAAAGGUUUGUCAGUAGAUGAAAUGGUUACACUUUCUGGUGCUCAUUCUAUUGGUGUCUCACAUUGUUCUUCAUUCUCAAAACGAUUAUACUCUUUCAAUUUAACUUUUCCUCAAGAUCCUUCUAUGGACCCUAACUUUGCUAGGUUGUUAAAAUCUAAGUGUCCACCACCACAGUCACAGAGCAUAAACCCAACUGUGGUGCUUGAUGGUAGCACGCCUAAUGAUUUGGACAACAUGUACUAUAAGAGGUUGAAGAAUAAUCGUGGUUUAUUAACUUCGGAUCAAACAUUGCUUAAUAGUGGCUUAACUAGGAGAAUGGUGUUAAAAAAUGCUAGACAUGCUGCAAUCUGGAAUGUGAAGUUUGCCAAAGCCAUGGUGCAUAUGGGUUCCUUAGAUGUGCUGACAGGUUCUGAAGGUGAGAUUAGGGAGCGUUGUAGCGUUGUUAAUUAAUUAUAAUUAACUGCAGCACCUUCUUGAUCUUCAGAUAAUUUGUUCAUAGAUUCAAAGGUAGCUUUCUUUCUUUUUUCAUCAAUUCUUUGAUACUUUUAUUGUUUUGUUUAGAAUCAUUCUUUAUUUGUGUGUUACCGCUUAUACUCUUCAUCAAUUCAAGGGUAUAUGUGCAAUCCAGUGUAAUAGAACAUGAAAUAGUGAAUUACUCUUCGAAUUAUAUAUGUUGGAUUGGAUCAUUUCAAUAUUUACUGCCUAUAGAUUUGGUUCUUAUUUGGUGACUAA